GAUGUAAAAGAAAAUUGAACAACCUAAAACAUAACCUAAAAGGUAUAUAAUAUUUCUAUAAUUAAAUUAAGAGCCAUUAGGAUAGAAGAUGAAAAUAAACUAUCAAUAACAUUACCACAUAUAGAGACUAUUGCUAUCAAUUUUAAUUCAAAGUAUCAAUUAGGCAAUAUGAUUGGGGAAGGAGCACAUGGAUUAGUGAGAAAAGCCAUUAAAGUUGAAACUGGUGAAUAAGUAGCAGUCAAAAUUUCAAGAAGUGGAGACCCUGAGCUUGUUAAAACUUUUACUGAAGCAUAUAAAAAUACUAGAAUACUAGAUCAUGAAUUCAUUAUAAAAGUCUAUGAAUGUUACAUAGAUGAACAAUCUGAAACUUUAUAUUUAGUAAUGGAAUACUCAAAUUUACGUAGUUUGGAAGAUGUAAUUAAAAAACACAAGAGAUUAACGUAAUUGUAUAUACUUCAAUUAGGGAAGAAUAAGCUAAGAUUUUAAUUAGACAUAUUCUAUUAGCUCUUUAGCAUAUCCAUGAAAGAGGGAUAGCUCAUAGAGAUCUAAAACCAGAUAAUGUAUUAAUCAACAAAAAGUCACUUGAUAUCAAAAUCAUAGACUUUGGAGUAAGUAGAAGAUUCAAGAAAUAUAAUGGAAGAGAAUUUGUGGAUGUAAAUAUGUGGACAAGAACUGGAAAUGUUUAUUAUGCUGCUCCUGAAAUCUUGACUGGUGGAGGUUAUGAUGAAAGAGUAGAUCUAUGGUCACUAGGAGUUUGCUUAUUUCGUAUAUUGACUGGUCAGUUCCCUUUCUUUGAAGAUAGUGUAUUAGGAACCAUUGAAAAGAUAUUAAAAGGUACUUUUGAACUCAAUGAAAAUAUUUCCUUGUUGGCUAGAGAUUUGAUUAAGCGACUAUUGGAUCCUAAUCCAACUCAAAGAUUAUCCGCGUAAUGUAUAUUAUAGAGAUUCACAUUAUAGUGGCUUUACAGCAUCCUUGGCUUUAUUUUUAAUAGAUUGAUCCAAUAUCACCUAAUAGUACUGAACUUAUCAACAAAAUUAAUUAUAAAACUAGUGAUGAUAUUUGUGAUAUUUCUUAAGGUGGAGAUAAGAAUACAUAUUAUAGCAGGAAUCUUCAUAUGAGAAGUAAUACUAUGACUAAGAGUCCAGUUUUAUAAUAGGAACCAAGUCCAAACAAUAAUUCUAAAUCUCCCCUUAAUUAAUUAAAACAAGAUUUCGAUGAAGAAAUUCAAUAGUCUCCCUUAAUCAAAUUGAAAAAAAUUCAAAAUCAAAUGAAUAAAGAAAUAAAUAUAAUUAAAAAGAAGGAAUCUAAUGGAUAAGGUUUACUUAGAAUAAGAUAGAUAUUACAAAUGGAAAAAUUAGAUAUUAUACAUGAAAUUUAAUGA